ACGUCACGAUAGGAACACAGUUGGAACGUCAGCUUCCAAAGAAAACAUACAUUUCUGCGUAAAAUGUGCUUGAUUUCACGUUUAAUUCAGCGGUUUUAAUUAAACGGGAUACAAUGCAGAAGCUUUGAAUGCAUAUCGAGCCGUACAGUAGUAGUUGGUCAUGUUUUAAACUUUGAGUUACGAGUUUGCAGCGGAGCUAGUGAACUAACGUUAGUUUGCGAGACAUGGAUCCGCUUGACAUAGUAAUGGACGAAGUGGCGUUGGAGGGACUGGACGGGGUUACCAUCCUCUCUCUGUGGAUUCGGUUGGAAAAGAGGAACCCCGUUUUCCCACGGAAUCUAGACCCGUGUACUAAAGAGUUCAUUUGGAAAUCCUUGGUCUCGAACCGCGAAGUCGACUUCUUCGAGCUGCCGCAAGAGAGAGCGGACGUCGUGCUCGUCGACCGAUUUGCAGACAUAGAUCCAGACACAGGGAUUCAGGAAGCAUCCCAUUGGGACAGAGUGGACUCCUACCCUGUCCAGAUCUUAUUGGAGGAUAAGAGUGGAAUCCAGGGCUCGUGUGUCUUCUUCAAGGAGAGGAGAAACGUCACCCCAAUCAUCCGCACCACCAACCUGACGCCAUGUGUAACGUUAGAGGACGCCUUCAAAAGGUGGGGGAGGAAGCUGGUAAUGGUGGCCUCCCAGAGGUUAAGGUUCAGGGUGUUAAUAGGUGACGGAGGAGACCCGGACUUGAAGCUGACUGACCACUCAUACUGUAUCCUGGAGAGGGUGGGGAGGGCCCGCUGGCAGGGAGAGCUACAGAGAGACCUGCACUCCUGCUCAUUCAAGACGGACGCGAGGAAGAUGCACUACUUGAGGAAGUCUCUGACACAGAAUGAUCUGAUCACCAUGCAGUCUCAUGUCCUCAGACUGGCCAGCGGAGCACAGCAACACUCCAUACUGCUCCUGCUCAAACGCUUCCACGUAGACCGGCGUAGUAAGUAUGAUAUCCUGAUGGAGUUGACCUCUAACCUCCUGUCAGAGGCGCCCAACCACACAGCCUCCAUGAUCACACUACGAGACCAACUGAGUAUCAGUGAGAGGACCUUCAAGCGUAUGUAUCAGUACAUGCAAGCAGCCAAACUGGUCCAAGUGGUCAUUAAACCAGUUGAACACCUCAACCCGACAGUAGGCCCCUGUGAUACCAGGAGAGGCACCAAGGUGGUGGCUCGCUGUCUGAAGCUAAUCAAACCCUAUGUGAGGAAGGAGUUGGUCGAGGCUGAGGAUGAUGAUGAUAACGACGAUGAUGAUGGGGGAGGAGCAAAUAGGAAGACCGUCCCCACAGAGGGGCGGAUCAUGGAGAGAGACUUACUUUCACAGGCCUAUGGGAUCAUCGUGUCCUGCGGGACCAAGGGCAUCUCUCAGAGUGCGUUGCGUGCGAGGAUGUGCAUCGGCAAGCUGGAGUCUCGUAUGAUCUGCCGACUGCUGGAGAGGACAGACAUGAUCAAGGGUUUCAUGGAAGACGAGGGUCGUCAGAGGACCACUAAGUACCUCGGCCAUCUGCACGUCGACGAGUCCGAUCUGCUUCGACAUCUGGUGAAAGAGCAGGAGCGAUCAGACCGGCUUCGCACUGUAGGGGGAGGAGGGGAAGGAGAGGGGGCCCCCCAAACCCCAGCACAGGCCACCCUAAAAACACCAGCUACCACAAAGACUCGGCCUACACCAAAAACACCAUCGCUUCUGGAACCUCUGGGAAACACUGAGGGAGAGGAGGAGAGAGAGAGGGACGAGGAAGACGAAGACUGGGAAGUCGAGAAGAAAGGGAAGAAGGGAGCGAAGAAGAAAAAUGCAAAACAAAAGAAAGUGGGCAAGAUGUCUCUCCUGAAGCCGUCCAAACUCCACUUCCUGGUAGCUCAUCACUCUGCACCUAUCACGAGUGGAGCCAAUCAGGAGCCAGAGCUGGAAUCUUGGCUCAGCCCAGUUGAGGAGGAGGAGUCAAAAUUCGGUCCUGACGUUUCAUUGGACCAGACGGGGAGUAUGUUCGCAGGCAACAGCCAAGCGGAGGACAGCGUCACGGUCAUCGAGGACAUCCCCAGUCAGAAGGAGCACCACCGCCAGACGUACCGCCUGCUGAAGAGGAAGAACGUGAUUGUGGAAGCUGUUCAGAGCCUCAAGAUCAUAGAGGGCCUCUUCACAAUCCAGAGGUUGGUUCAGGAUGAGGAGAAGCUAGAUGGUGUGAACACUAAGUGUUGUAGGAAGUCUAUCCUGCGUCUCAUCAGAUCUCUGUCUAAAGAGGGAAUGCUCAAACUGUUCAGAACCACUGUUAUACAGGACGGAGUCAGCAAGAAGGUGGAGUUUAUAGUCCACCCCUCUGUCUCUCCUAGUGAUGCUUUAGUGAAGUCGGCUAUAGAACAGGUCCGCUUCCGCAUCUCCAGCUCCUACCCUGCUGCACGGUGAGACAGACAGACAGACAGACAGACAGACAGACAGACAGA